AUGAUACGAGCAGCGGCGCCUCUCCCUCACAGCCCCCAAGAGCAGCGGCGCCUCUCCCUCACAAACCCCCAGAGCAGCGGCGUUUCUCCCUCACAGCCCCCCAGAGCAGCGGCGCCUCUCCCUCACAACCCCCCAGAGCAGCGGCGCCUCUCCCUCACAACCCUCCAGAGCAGCGGCGCCUCUCCCUCACAGCCCCCAGAGCAGCGGCGCCUGGCCCUCACAACCCCCCAGAGCAGCGGCGCCUCUCCUCACAACCCCCCAGAGCAGCGGCGCCUCUCCCUCACAAUCCCCCAGAGCAGCGGCGCCUCUCCCUCACAACCCCCCAGAGCAGUGGCGCCUCGCCCUCACAGCCCCCCAGAGCAGCGGCGCCUCGCCCUCACAACCCCCCAGAGCAGCGGCGCCUCGCCCUCACAACCCCCCAGAGCAGCGGCGUCUCGCCCUCACAACCCCCCAGAGCAGCGGCGCCUCUCCCUCACAACCCCCCAGAGCAGCGGCGCCUCUCCCUCUCAACCCCCCAAAGCAGCGGCGCCUCGCCCUCACAGCCCCCCAGAGCAGCGGCGCCUCGCCCUCACAACCCCUCAGAGCAGCGGCGCCUCGCCCUCACCACCCCCUCAGAGCAGCGGCGCCUCUCCCUCACAACCCCCCAGAGCAGCGGCGCCUUGCCCUCACAGCCCCCCAGAGCAGCGGCGUCUCGCCCUCACAACCCCCCAGAGCAGCGGCGCCUCUCCCUCACAACCCCCCAGAGCAGCGGCGCCUCUCCCUCUCAACCCCCCACAGCAGCGGCGCCUCGCCCUCACAACCCCCCAUAGCAGCGGCGCCUCGCCCUCACAACCCCUCAGAGCAGCGGCACCUCCUCCUCACAGCCCCCCAGAGCAGCGGCGCCUCUCCCUCACAGCCCCCCAGAGCAGCGGCGCCUCUCCCUCACAGCCCCCCAGAGCAGCGGCGCCUCUCCCUCACAGCCCCCCAGAGCAGCGGCGCCUCGCCCUCACACCCCCCCAGAGCAGCGGCGCCCCGCCCUCACAACCCCCCCACCUCUCUGCGCCUGCGAAGUCAGCAGCACCUCAUUUUUUCUUGUCUGUUGAGCCCCACCAAUGUCUUUCCUCCUCCCCCUUUUUUUUUACCAUCGCCCCCAUGCUGUUGCCUCUGCCUGGCCUUCUUUCUUUGCAUUCUGGCUUGCUCUCAAUUUCUCCACGCCUCUGCAAGGCCUCACCCAACAUGGUACCUUCAUUCUGGGUUAUUCUCUCACUCUUAUAUUCUGCUUGCAGGGAAGCACUCAAGGAGCACCACCAGUGUGUGGCGACUUACAGAGUGGGGCGUUCCGUUCCUUGUGUCUUCUCCUUGUCUCCUACCCCUCACAACCCCCGAGAGCAGCGGCGCCUCUCCCUCACAGCCCCCAAGAGCAGCGGCGCCUCUCCCUCACAAACCCCCAGAGCAGCGGCGUUUCUCCCUCACAGCCCCCCAGAGCAGCGGCGCCUCUCCCUCACAACCCCCCAGAGCAGCGGCGCCUCUCCCUCACAACCCUCCAGAGCAGCGGCGCCUCUCCCUCACAGCCCCCCAGAGCAGCGGCGCCUGGCCCUCACAACCCCCCAGAGCAGCGGCGCCUCUCCUCACAACCCCCCAGAGCAGCGGCGCCUCUCCCUCACAAUCCCCCAGAGCAGCGGCGCCUCUCCCUCACAACCCUCCAGAGCAGUGGCGCCUCGCCCUCACAGCCCCCCAGAGCAGCGGCGCCUCGCCCUCACAACCCCCCAGAGCAGCGGCGCCUCGCCCUCACAACCCCCCAGAGCAGCGGCGUCUCGCCCUCACAACCCCCCAGAGCAGCGGCGCCUCUCCCUCACAACCCCCCAGAGCAGCGGCGCCUCUCCCUCUCAACCCCCCAAAGCAGCGGCGCCUCGCCCUCACAGCCCCCCAGAGCAGCGGCGCCUCGCCCUCACAACCCCUCAGAGCAGCGGCGCCUCGCCCUCACCACCCCCUCAGAGCAGCGGCGCCUCUCCCUCACAACCCCCCAGAGCAGCGGCGCCUUGCCCUCACAGCCCCCCAGAGCAGCGGCGUCUCGCCCUCACAACCCCCCAGAGCAGCGGCGCCUCUCCCUCACAACCCCCCAGAGCAGCGGCGCCUCUCCCUCUCAACCCCCCACAGCAGCGGCGCCUCGCCCUCACAACCCCCCAUAGCAGCGGCGCCUCGCCCUCACAACCCCUCAGAGCAGCGGCACCUCCUCCUCACAGCCCCCCAGAGCAGCGGCGCCUCUCCCUCACAGCCCCCCAGAGCAGCGGCGCCUCUCCCUCACAGCCCCCCAGAGCAGCGGCGCCUCUCCCUCACAGCCCCCCAGAGCAGCGGCGCCUCGCCCUCACACCCCCCCAGAGCAGCGGCGCCCCGCCCUCACAACCCCCCCACCUCUCUGCGCCUGCGAAGUCAGCAGCACCUCAUUUUUUCUUUGCUUUAGUUUCUCCUUCUCUUUGCUUCGAGGAAACGUCUGUUGAGCCCCACCAAUGUCUUUCCUCCUCCCCCUUUUUUUUUACCAUCGCCCCCAUGCUGUUGCCUCUGCCUGGCCUUCUUUCUUUGCAUUCUGGCUUGCUCUCAAUUUCUCCACGCCUCUGCAAGGCCUCACCCAACAUGGUACCUUCAUUCUGGGUUAUUCUCUCACUCUUAUAUUCUGCUUGCAGGGAAGCACUCAAGGAGCACCACCAGUGUGUGGCGACUUACAGAGUGGGGCGUUCCGUCAAAGUCUCGUCCCUUUUUCCUAGUCCUUGUGUCUUCUCCUUGUCUCCUCUCCCUCACAACCCCCCAGAGCAGCGGCGCCUCGCCCUCACAGCCCCCAAGAGCAGCGGCGCCUCUCCCUCACAAACCCCCAGAGCAGCGGCGUUUCUCCCUCACAGCCCCCCAGAGCAGCGGCGCCUCUCCCUCACAACCCCCCAGAGCAGCGGCGCCUCUCCCUCACAACCCUCCAGAGCAGCGGCGCCUCUCCCUCACAGCCCCCCAGAGCAGCGGCGCCUCUCCCUCACAACCCCCCAGAGCAGCGGCGCCGCUCCCUCACAACCCCCCAGAGCAGUGGCGCCUCGCCCUCACAAUCCCCCAGAGCAGCGGCGCCUCUCCCUCACAACCCCCCAGAGCAGUGGCGCUGCUCCCUCACAACCCCCCAGAGCAGCGGCGCCUCGCCCUCACAACCCCCCAGAGCAGCGGCGCCUCUCCCUCACAACCCCCCAAGAGCAGCGGCGUUUCUCCCUCACAGCCCCCCAGAGCAGCGGCGCCUCUCCCUCACAACCCCUCAAGAGCAGCGGCGCGUCUCCCUCACAGCCCCCCAGAGCAGCGGCACCUCUCCCUCACAACCCCCCAGAGCAGCGGCGCCUCUCCCUCACAGCCCCCCAGAGCAGCGGCGCCUCUCCCUCACAACCCCCCAGAGCAGUGGCGCCUCGCCCUCACAGCCCCCCAGAGCAGCGGCGCCUCUCCCUCACAGCCCCCCAGAGCAGCGGCGCCUCUCCCUCGCAACAGGGUGCCCCCUCGCUGGCUCAGCUCGCUGCUCUAGUGCCGUGGGCAACUGUCGCCAUGCGCUUUCCCCGUUCCCCCCUCCCACCACGAUUCAACCACUCCAUUUUCGCUGUGCCCCACCCAGCUGCGUUCCCCCCCCACCCAGCUGCGUUCCCCCCCCACCCAGCUGCGUUCCCCCCCCACCCAGCUGCGUUCCCCCCCCACCCAGCUGCGUUCCCCUCGCACCCGGCUGUGUUCCCCCCCCACCCUGCUGCGUUCCCCCCCCACCCUGCUGCGUUCCCCCCCCACCCUGCUGCGUUCCUCCCACCACCCAGCUCACAGCUGGCUGUGCUGUAG